UAAAUUAAAGAAAAGUAAGAAAGGUUUGAUGGGGUAGAGAGGGACAAAAACAAAAGAGCCAAAAAAAAAAGUCAACGAGAAGAAAAUGCAACGGAGGAUCAAUGAGAUAGAAGAAGAAGAGGAAGAGGAUGAAGAUUAUGGAAGGACAAGCCUGGAGACUGUGCCAGAGAGCCCGUUUGAAGGAACCAGUGGAACAGUGUCUUUGAGCGGAGAAGACGACGUAUAUGUUGGAGUUGGUAAAGGAGACUCAAGCAUGGUGGCAUUGCGUUGGGCUCUCGACAAUCUAAUCCCUUCUUCUUCUUCUACACUUGUUUUCCUCAUCCAUGUCUUCCCUGAGACUCACUUCAUCCCUUACCCUUUGGGGAGGAUAGCGAGGGAGCAAGCUAGUGAGGAACAACUUGAAGCCUUUAUGUCUCAGGAAAGGGAGAAGAGAAGAACUCUGUUAAGCAAGUUUCUUCAAGCCUGCUCUGCUUCUAAGGUGAAGGUAGAGACAGUACUGGUUGAGAGUGACUCGGUGGCAAAGGCUAUACAAGACCUCAUUACCAUUCUUAACAUCAAGAAGCUUGUUCUUGGGAUCGACAAGUCUAAUGCAAAGAAAGCAAAGUUAUUAAAAGGAAACAGUGUUGCUGAACAGAUAGUGAGGAGCUCCGCAGCAGAAACAUGUGAGGUCAAAGUCAUAUGCCAAGGAAAAAAGAUAGAGAUAGAAAAGCCGGUGACGGAGAGAACCCCCUCCAAGCCCUCCAUACAGCUGCAGCCGGAGAAAGAUCAAUCCAAUGACCCUUUUGGUUGGGUUUGCUUUAGUAAGCCCAAAACUACCAGUUAGUGGAAUGAAAGAUAAAAGAUGCAGAUGUAAUACAUUUGUUUUUUUGUUAUGUUAUGUUGUGUGUUUGGAUAGAUGAAGUAAAAAAAGUUACUAUGAUAAAAACUAAUAAAAUUUAUGAAAAGAGUUACAAAGA